AUGCACCUCACAAAACAUCGGCGCUGGGGGGUCCUCCACGUGGGCCGCAGCCUACUCCAGGAGGCGGGCGUGGGGACUACAAGCGCUCGCAGCACCUGGGGCAGCGCUUGGGCCUUGCUGGCCGACGGGCUGCCUGCCUACUCACGCAGGCCUUGGGAGGUGGUGGGGUUGCAGCAGAGCCUAAUCACGAACAACAUCUCCAGCGUCGGCGCCGUGUGGGCGGCCGCCGUGACAAGCUCACUCGCUGGUGGUGCAGUGAUGACCUUUUCCAAAGCCUUGAGGCUCGUUGCAGCCGUGAUCAUGAUCAUGAUUCCUGGCAACCUUCCUUUGCCGCUGCUGGGCGGGCGCGGUUCCCUACCGCUGAUGAGGCGGCCUACCCGCCACUGCUUUGUGAACGGAUUGCCUCGCUUCUGGCAGAGACCUACCCAACUUUGCAUUUGCAGAACAACACGUAGUGGCACGCAGGUUUACCUGGACAAGCAGCCUCGCUUUGCUCGACCAUUGGUUGCCAUGUAUUGCGCUUACGAUGUUUGGGCUGUGCCUUUGCAGGACGCUCCGUUGGACGCGCUGCUCCAGAUGUACCCAAAGGGCGCUCGCAUCAUUCGUCGCAAACUGGUCCAAUUGGGGUUGGUGCGGGUUUGCGUAGUUUCAGGAUAUCAUGCCUUGAGAUCGCAGUUGCAUAAGCUGGAUGCUUUUGAAGUGGUCACUUGUGGGAGUCCUGAGAACACGUGUCGUGGUCAUGAGACGAUUGAGAAAGAUGAGGAUCAAUUCAACGUGGUUGGCUUGAUACAUAGCAACUCUGCGAUUUGCGCGGAUCGAGCUGAGCUUCUUAUGGUGGCCAUUCCCAAGGAACCCGACGACUUCGUCAGAGAUGCAGUGAAGGCCGGACACCCGCGAAACUUGCUGGCGGAGAGUCGGAAAGGCGUAGCUAAGGAAGUGGCAAAGAAUAUCGUCAUGUCAAAAGAUGAAAGAGACAAAGUUGCUAAGCCGUGCUUGGAGCGUUGGGCUGCGACCAAGAAGGCAACUGAGCGCGCAGGGCAGGAGCUCAUGAGCAAGGCGCCUGAGUACAUUCAGCGAGCUUCCAAUGGCAAAAACGUCUUGUUAUGGAAGGCAAUAUUGGAGGAAUGUGAUUUUCCGGACGAGGAUUUGUGGCAGGCUCUCCACCAAGGUUUUCGUAUCACGGGUUGGAUGCCUGAUACUGGGCUCUUCGUCAAGAAUGUCAGACCUCCAGUAAUGUCAAUCGAUGAGCUUUUGUCGCAAUCCAGGUACAGGACGCCAGCCACGUUGAGGAGCAUCGAAAAUGCAGAAGCUGACGAAGCAGCUUUUGGCGCCUGGAAGGAGACGCUUUCGGAACUGGAGGCGGGAUGGCUCUUCAUCGAUGAAAACCCAAAUCCUGUGGAAAUCAUCGUGGCAAGGAGAUUUGGCCUGCAGCAAAAGAACAAACUUCGGGUGAUAGAUGAUGGAAAGAUGUGCGGCCUGAACCUGACCUGCGGUCUUCCUGAACGAUUCACCCUUCAUGGAGUCGAUGUCAUAGCGGGGGCAUUGCUGGAGGCCUUGGCGUUGGCUGAGGACGGCGGAGUGGCGCUGCGUGGCAUAACUUAUGACCUGGUUUCGGCGUACAAGUUCUACCCACUUCAUCCGGACGAUUGUGCAAAGGUUGCGAAUAGCUGUGAAGGACGUGGAGUCGGGAGGAGUCGCCGUUUAUGGCUCCAACGUCUUGGUGUUCGGUGCCACUGGCUCAGUGGCGGGCUUCCUACGCAUCUCUGCUGCGAUUUGGAAGGCCGGUCAUGCUGGGGGAGCCGUACCUUGGACGGCUUACUUUGA